AUGAGGAAUUUAGUGAUUCUUUCCUGUGCCAUUUUGCUUCUUGCCAUCUGGGCGGGAUAUUUGUACAGUACUACGUACAUCCGGAACAGGAGGGCAUUCCGUGAGGAGUAUGAUUUUAUCGUGGUGGGUGGUGGAACAGCGGGAAUUAUUGUGGCGCACGAAAUUGCUCUGCAUAGCAAUUUUUCUGUGCUUCUUGUGGAAGCUGGUGGGCAAUUUGGAUGGCUCUCAACUAUUCCGCUGGCAGCUACUCUGCUUCAGGGAAGUUCUGUGGACUGGGCUUUUAAGACAGUGCCACAGGAGAAUGUGGCCAGGGGAUUGCAUGGGAAGAGAAUGUGCUAUCCACGGGGAAAGGGUUUGGGUGGUUCUGGUCAGUUGAAUUAUAUGCUUCACACGGAGGCAGUGCCUGAGGAAUUGGACAAGUGGAUGGAGGUGGGUGGGAAGAAUUGGGGAUAUGAGUCCCUCAAGUGCUAUCUGCUGAAGCUCUAUCGGAGUGGUGUGAGGUGUCAUGAAAGAUUUUGGAAUUCGAGAAGAUUCUACAAGACAUUCAUCGACACAGAAUCCAGUAAAUUGUCCCAUGUGGUGAGUAAGGCCACAAUUGACCUGAAUUCUCGGAGUAACUCAAAUUUCACAUUCCGUCUGGCUGAGUAUACCACAAAAAAUGGCAGGAGAUGGUCAUCUUUCGAUGAAUAUCUCUAUCCAAGUCUCCGAAGGCCAAGGUUUCACCUUAUGAUGAAUACUCAGGUGCAAAAGGUUGUCUUUGAUGGGAAAAAGAGGGCAAUUGGGGUGAAAAUCCAGAUGGAAUCUGGUCAGAAAGUUGUUCGGGUGAGGAAGGAAGUGAUUUUGAGUGCUGGAUCUAUACAGACGCCGCACAUUUUGAUGGUUUCGGGAAUUGGAGAUCAGAGGGAAUUGCAACAAUUCAAUAUUGAUGUUGUUCACGAUGCUCCGCAUGUGGGAAAAAAUCUCUUUGAUCAUCUCACAACUCCCAUUUACGUGUCCAUCAAUGAGAGUCUGUCAGUGACCAAAGAAAAAGUUCUAAGUCUCAAAAAUGCCAUGAGGUACUUUCUCCAUGGCACGGGGAUUUUCUCCAAUGCUGCAAUCAUUGGAAUGGUCAGAGAAAAACAAGCUCCACAUAGUCUCUUCAUCUUUGGGAUUGGAUCAGCUGAUGAGGCAGCACUGAGGGUGAUUUCUAACUAUGACAUGGAGACUUUCAAUGCUCUCUUUCCGCUCAAUGCAAAUGACACCCAAGAGGGAUUUGUCCUCAUUGGAACUUGUCAUUUUCCCCAAAGUCGAGGCUCUAUUGGACUCAGGGGGAAUUCAAUCACGAAAACCCCAAUGAUUAAUCCCAAUUUCCUGGCCAAUAUCUCCGAUGUCCAGUGCAUUCGCGAUGCUCUGAAGCUGGGAAUGCAAAUUGUCCAGUCGAAGGUGUUUCAGAAAAUUGGCGCCAAAAUUCACUGGCCAAAACUCAAACAAUGCAGGCAUGUUACCCUUUCUGAAGCUUCUAUGCCCACGGAUGAGUACUUGGAAUGCGCUAUACGAACACUAUCCGUCUCUGGACACCAUCCCAGUGGGACAUGUGCCAUUGGUCGGGUCCUGGACAAUCAACUAAGAGUGAAGGGUGUACGGAAGCUUCGGGUCAUCGACGGCAGUAUCUUCGUCAAUCCCCUCUCUGCAUUUCCCAACUCUGUGAUUGCUGCCAUAGCCGAAAGGGCCAGCCACAUGAUCCUGGACAAAUAUAUCACUAGUGAGAAAAGUGAAAAUGACUCAGAAAGUUUCUAA